AUCCUCGCAAGUGACCAGUGUGACCAGUGGCCUUCGUACUGGACACAUCGCUCUUUGGCUGCAGCCACUCAGACGUCCUCUAGUAGCAUCUCUUCAUCCCUUGGAUCUGCAGUUGAUGCUUCCUCUUCUUCUCUGACCAUGUCAGAAAAUUUCCAAAAUCCACCUUUCCUUGGAACUCCCAACUCGCUGCAGCUCUCUCUUCCUGUGGUGAGCAACGCAGCUUCCCUAACGGGAAGUGCCUUCAGUUUCUCCAGAGUCUCUGCUCCAGCCGUCAGUUCGGCACGGCUGCUGCCAUCAGCCUCGGCCACCUCUUUCCAGCCACUCAUGGGGAGUGCCUACCUUUACCAACAUUCUAGCACAACCAUGUUGUCUGGAGUGACUGGCCAGAGCCACAUCUCCACGUCAGCUGCUUCCUAUCCAGGUCUCUGGCAGUGGGAUAUCACAGGAGGCACUGAGAAGGAGUCUUCUUCACUCGGAGACCUCACUGUGGCUCUCACUGACCAGGACACAGCUGUUUCUUCCAUGUCCAUGGCAGCCCGGUAUGACAGAACACCUGAUGCCAAUAACGUGGUCCCUCUGUAUCCAUCACUUUCUGCCAGGCUCGUUCAGAGAACACCACCUCAGAUUCCAAAUCAGGCACACAGCCUGGCGCUUCCCUACCGGGAAGGAAGCCAGGUGUAUUACUAUACUCCCGGCACCCUGGGGCCUCUACUGUCUGGCCAGCUCGGCCCCUGCCUGCCAUCCUGUGGCUCCGUGUCCUACACAGGAGCUGGGGCCUCCGCCCCUCAACCAGAAAUGGUGAUGGUACUAAAGCAGGUUCAGCCCACAAAUGUCCUACCACCAGCCUCCACCUCUGGCAUCUACUAUGCUGUGUCUGCUCAACCCGUCACAGAAACAAGAUUUCAAGCGAUGGAAACCUCCCUGGGCCUGGAGACUUCCCUGGGAUUGCAACCCGCAAGCCAGACAUUUUGUCUACAACAAACCCCAGAAUUCCCCAAAUCCUGCAGUAGCAGAAAGACCCAGCUACCGGAGGGGAACCCACCACCUGAGCUUGGGGACAUUUCAAUGAGGGCUCCAGACCAGAGUUCCAACAGUAACCUCCUGGCACUGUCUCCAGCUCCCAAGAAGUUGGAGGAGCUUACACCUAAGCUUGCAAAGCCUCCGGAUGCCUACCAGAUCCCAACGGAAAACCAAGAUCCUCCACUACUCCCUUCAGAAAUUCCUGAUACGUACCAGCUCCUGGCCUGCACCGAUCCCCUCGGCCAAGAGGACCAGCCUGCUUCUGAAAAUGCUGAUCUGGGAAAGAGCAGCCUGAGUCUCGAGGGCCAAGGGACACUGGAAGAUGGCACUGAACCUGGCGGUGGCUUUGCAGACAUCGCUACACUGGUGGGGGAUAUUCACCUUCCCCAGCUCUUCAAUUCCUUGGAAGACCUUGAUCCAUCCAAAAGCCCCCAGGUGAUCCAAGCCAAAGACACCAGAGCCAUCGAGUGGAUCCAGGUGCAGGAAAAGUCAAGUGUCACAAAGGCUGCCUCCGAUCAAGCCAGGAAGAACAAACGUAAGGCCUCUGAGCCUAUCGACGGUGCUCCCAAGGCCAGAAUCCAGCCCAAGGACCCAGAGUGCCUGUCAGGGGGAGAAGUGGCUAUUUGCAAUGCUGCAGACAGCGACAGGGCUCCUGUGGACACGGCCAGCCAUUCUAACAGCAAGCCUCAGAAGGCUGCAUCCGGCAGGAGCAGCAAAACUAAGAGCCGUGGGCAGGAAAGGACCAAGAGGACCAGAGGAAACAACUCCAAGCAAGCUGAAGAGAGUGAGCUGCCAGGGAACAAAGUCAAGGCAGAAGAGAAGCCAACCCUGCCCAAGAGGAAGCGGAAUCAACCCGAGCUGAGCCGAGAGACCUUCCAAAGGCCUCGAACCUCCCUAGGCAUGCACUUGCUGGAGUCGGUGCAGGUGUUCCAUGCUCUGGGCAGGAAGACUGAUAAGAAAACUGGACUCUCUUCCUCCCGGGCCCUGGCAAACUGCAGCCACCCCAAAGACCCCCAGCCCGCCCCAGCUAUCAAACCACGGCUGGAUACCCCACGUGAGGGCCAAGGUCCUGAGGAAACUCAAGCCAAAGCCCAGGAACCAGAGGGCAGUGUCGCACAAGAGCGCCCACCUCCAUCCCAGUCCGAGCUGCCACCUCCUGGGAAGGUCAAGUUGGUACCUUUGCCUUUUCUGACCGUGGACAGGCCUCAAGCUCGACCUGUUCCUCGGAGGCCGCCGGCUCUGGCCUCACAUCGGCCCGCUGUGGCUGACCCUGCCCGGCCUGGUUCUACCCACUCAGCUCAACCGACUGCACUCAAUUCAGCCCAGCCAGCUCCUGCAUCUUUGACGGGUCCUGCCAGACCAGCUCGGCCAAUUUCCACCAACCCCACCCGGCCUAGCGUCCCUCAGUCUGCUGCUGCCACGCCCGCACCCCACAAAACAGCAUCUUGCACUUCUCUCCAGCGGGAGCCCGUUCCCACUCCUGUGACCAAGCUCCAGGACCCGCCCAGGCCUCAACCCCACUAUCUGCUCCAAGACUUUAGCACGCAACGAAUUCCAUGGAGAAAACCCGACAUCCCAGGGCCAGUGAUAUCAGAGCCCAUCACAGCCGAACAGAGGCCAGAGCGGGAGGCCAUGAAGAGGCAGGCUCAACAACAGCGUGAGCAGGCUGCCAAAUACACCUCUUUGGGGAAAGUGCAGUAUUUCAUUGAGAGGGAAAGAGAAAUGGAAAUUGCUGACUACUAUGGCUACGCAAGAUAA